UCAUCUUGUCAGUCCACUUGUAACGAUCAAGGAGCGGUGAACAUCGAGGAGAGGUCGUGGAGAAAUUUACCAUCUAGCCACCAUCGCCGUUCGCCAAUUACACCAUGGCUGAUACCGAAAAGGCGCCGCAGCCGCAGCCCCAGCAGCAGCAGCAGCAGCAACCUGAACAACAACCCCAACCUCAACAAGUUAAACAAAAAAAGCAGGUUAUUGCUGAAAAAGUUUCGGGCACUGUAAAAUGGUUUAACGUCAAGAGUGGAUAUGGCUUCAUCAACAGAAACGACACCAAGGAGGAUGUGUUUGUACACCAGACAGCUAUCGCCCGUAAUAACCCACGUAAGGCUGUGCGCUCGGUUGGCGACGGCGAGGCGGUGGAGUUCGCCGUUGUGGCCGGCGAGAAAGGCUAUGAAGCAGCCGGAGUGACCGGCCCCGGCGGCGAGCCGGUGAAGGGCUCGCCCUACGCUGCUGACAAACGUCGGGGCUUCCCACGCCAGUUCUACAUUCCUCGGCCUGGAGGCGGACGUGGCGGCGAGGGGGCUCCACGAAGAGGUGGCAUGGGACGUCGCGGGCCCCCGCCCACACAGGGGGGCGCGCAAGGAGAUGAGGGCCAAGAAGUUGCUGGAGGCCCACCGCAACGCAGCUACUUCCGUCGUAACUUCCGUGGCGGAAGACGUGGCGGUGGCGGUCCCCGUCCGAUGUACCGUGGCGGGUACAGGUAUGUGCGCCCGCGCAACAACCAGCCGGGCCAGAACCAGAACCAAGGUCCAGUUCAAAACCAGGGACAACCGGCCCUGAGACAGAAUGGCCAGGAGGGAGAGGCUCAAGCAUCUGCUUCCACGGCACCGGCUCAGCCCAAGGCCAAGCCCAACAACAAGCCCACGGGCACUACAAUUGAAACCACCACCAAUGAAAGCCAGGCCUAAGCAGCCGGUCGAGUGUUGUGGCACGCCUCUUCUAGUAGUGCAUGUUAAUUCCAGCCGUGCCACACACCAUCACAAUUUACUGUCAAUCUAUUCAACUAAGAGUGUUUCGUUGCGUCAUUGCAAUCGGUGAUCAAAUCAUUGUACACCAAUUUUUAUGUCUAGAAGGGAUGUUAUGGGGGUGUCACGAGUGGAACUGCAUAGUAUCAUGGAUCAGAGAUGUGAUAUUUUUAUUAUUUUAUAUAUGUUGUAAAACAUCAGGCCGCCGGGCGGCGAGCGAUAGUGUCAAGAUUAUAUUUUACUAUUUAAUAAAAUAUUAUAGGUCGCCGCGCGUUCUCGCCAUGAAAUUGAAUGUUUUAAUGAAUUUAAAAAAAGGUUUUUGACGAUUAUUGGUAUACUUACGAAAUAAUAAAAUGUCCUCUAAAAUAAGAUGUUGUGCAAUUUAAAUUAUAAUAUUUAUGUAUUUGUAUUGAGAAAUGAUAUGCAGGUUCCGAGGCCCCAAGAGGUUUUUAUAUUUUUAAUGUCAUGUGGAUUUAUUUUUGUCUUACUUCUACAACUUUUUAUUUGUGCAUAUUUUUUUUUUUUAAAUUAUUAGUAUGUACUUGUAACUUCAACACUCAGAGAAAUAAACUUCUUUUUACCUGUGUGAAA